CGCAGCGCUAGGGACAACCGUGCCCAGCGCAGCAUAAAAACCAUUAUUUGUCUAUCGAUUGAAAGCAGUUGCGCGAGCGUCGUCGGACGGAAAGCACGGAAUCGCGUGAUCGUGAAGUUACCGUACCACACUGUAACCCGCUGUCCGAUUGUUGUUGUUUGAUUGUGAAAUCUGUGAAGAGUCACCACCGCACCCCGUUUCAGCAUGAAACUGUUUGUAGUGUUGAUGGCCCUGGUGGCCGCUGCGGUUGCUGCACCGGCGCCCCAGUUUGGCUUCGGAUAUCCCGGCUUUGGAGGAGGAAAAUUCUAUAGGAAAGCACUACGUAGAGGCUUUAUUCCGGUAGCGGUUCCGGUUCCAGUAGCGGUAGCACCGAUCGGUGUAGCGCCGGUCGGUGUACUAGCCCCAGUCGGAUACGUAGAUCCAGGAUACCGACACCAUCCACGCUUCUAUCGCCCGUAUCCAGGCCCCCACUAUGGUGGACACUACGGUGGUCCGGUCGGUGGUCUGCUGGGUGGUGGUGGUGGUGGAUUCUCCGGCAGCCAGGCUAACGCACAGUCCGCCUCGUUCAACAUCGGUCUAGGCGGCAUUUCGGGCUCGUUCAGUAACUCGAACGCUAACUCGUUCGGCGGUGGCCAUGGCGGUGGUUUCGGUGGAUCCGGUGCACAGGCAUCGGCACAGUCCGCCUCGUUUGGCGGCGGUUUGGGAGGUUUCGGUGGUUCGGCCUCCAAUGCCCAAGCGUCGGCCAAUUCGUUCGGUGGAGGCGGCGGUGGUUUGUUCUUCUAAGUGAAGCGACCCUUUUGGAGUCUGUAAAUAAGCAACGUCGCUAGCUGGUAGCGAUAGAUGACACAACCACUCAUUUACAUCGUCAAGAUAUUGGCCGUGAACGGAAUCGGUCGUUCUCGGCUGCGCUGAAGCCAUUUUCGUGUUGUAAGCUAUUUCUAUAUGUUUAUUUAUGAAUAAAAUAUCGUGGAAAAAUUGAAA